AAUUAGUCAUUUAUCAUCAUUUUUACCUGUUGGUUGCCUAACCUAUGUCAGUUCGCGGUUAGCUCUGGACGAAGACGGAUGUGCCUAUCUGAAGAAUGACCCUGUAUGUAGCCAUUUUGGCUUUUUUCGCAGUCCCUUCUCGUUUGGCGUUUCAGAUACCGGAUACGGGGUCAGCUGUAGCAAAUUUGUGGUCGAAAUUUGAUUUGCAGCUUCAGGAUGCCGUAAUCCAAGCACUAGAUCGCCAUGACCGACACCGUCGAGCGUCUCCGUCGCUUCAAGACAAUUGGACAGGAUUAGUCCACGAUUUUCACCAACAUCGUGAUAGGUUGGUGGUCGAUUCAGUUACGAUUGUCUUUGCCAAUCCAUUGGGUUGUUCCAAUGAAACUGGCCAAGAAGUAUUGCUGGACUCAAUGCAACACCAAAAACGAUAUUUCACAUCGACAGCCUGUGGUAACCGUCUUAGGUUGCACUUGCUUAAUUCCUCCGUAAUCCAACUUGUGGAUAAUGCAGUUUUAUCCGGUACGGCUACAUUUCUUGAUCACCUCAAAAUCUUCGAUCCAGAUAGUGGUGAAAUUCUGCUCUUUGUGUUGGUAUUGACUCCAAAAAGUCUAGAAGUUUACAAGGUCCACAAGGAGAGGCUGGAACUUUCGAUAAGCCAACAACUUAUUCACGAGUAUACAAGCGCACAGGUAUUCGGCGUAAACGGGGCCGUCUAUUGCAUGCUGGCCAAGAAAACCGAUGAUCGCACGAGACCCGGCAUCUUCAAAUUGUCGAUCGAAAAUGGUCGCCUUCACUUUGAUCUAGUGACAUCAUCGUCGCUCUCUGGCGAAUCUCCUGUGCAUGUUUGCAGCGUUGACGGUCAGGGACAUUUGUUUCACUACGACGUUGACAAAAAACAACUGAACACGUAUCUGUUUGACACCCUACAACUUGAACAUCAUCAGAUAAUUGAAGCAGUUGGGGUCCAAAGCUUCCGCUGUUUUCGAAUUGGUGCCAGUCAUUACUUAGCCUUCGCAACAUUUCAGUCUAUGAAGAUAUUCCAGUUCGUUGAUGGGUUCUACGAAGCCUUGCAAACUCUAGAGCUUGAAGGCGUGUCAACCAUUAACACUUUAUCGCCACCAACGUACCGCGAUGACACAUUUCUAUUAAUAAGUGGAUUUAACAGAACGUCAGAUGAAGAGUUUGUCGAACUUCUACUCCUUGAUGCCUCGUCUCUUUCAUUCAUACCUAUGCAUGCCACUUGCUCCAACCGAACAGGAGGAAAUCGACUACCUCACAGGCUAAAGCCUUCCGACAUUGGCUGCCUAUCAGCCAUGGAUAAUCUGGAUUUCAGCUCGGUGACGUCAAUCAUUCUCGAUCAGCAUUUGUUGCUAGUCAUAUCCGACGGAUCUGUAGCCUGGCUGAUGACUGUUGAUGUCCAUCUCGAACCUGUAGAAAAUCCUGUGGCUCGGCAACUAAACGGUGUUCUAGAGCAUAUGGAAACAACUGCUUCUGCAGCUCGAUCAGCUAGCGUCAAAUCGCGUGAAUUUCUCGAGUUCUCCAAGGGAGUAGUGCUGCACAAUAGUGAUAUCAAGCUAGAGGGUUCGUGGGUGGUAGGGACGGUUGAGGUACCUGAAAUUCCACUGGGUAAUCUUAACCAAAGUAAGGUAGAUUUCAAUCCGAAAAUGUGGAUUCCUGGACUUGAUACCAUAGUCAAUGGCAUAGAAAAGAAUAUGGCUGACUUAGAAAGACUGCUCGACGAUAUUGAUGGGCGUUUACAAGGGACAAUCCUAAAUGGUACGGAAGAAGCUGUUGAAUUUGGACGUCUUGUUGUUGACGGUUCCUUGCUAAUUCGUCAACUUGAAGUGACCCAACUAUCCGUUGAGAAACUAAAUAGCGUAGCUUUCAACCCAUUCGUAAACGAUAUUGUCCGACGUGAUUCCGAUCGACUGAUAGAGAAUCUCAAAGUGAUGGGGACGAUUACUGCUAAUGCCAUAACCGCCAAACGAGUAAAUGAUAUCAUGCUUGAAGAUGUCCUACUGAAAAGCGAUCCAAAUCCUACUAUCACUGGUAACCUCACAAUUAAUGGUAACGUCACCGUAGCUGGGGAUAUAAUCGUCGGUGGAACUGUUAAUGGAGUUGAUCUGAGUCAUGAUCUCAUGGCUUUAAAUGACACCUAUGAAUCCAUCACUUUCACGGAUGUGGUGGCUGCCACAAAUUUGUCAGUCGGUCAUCACAUAGAUGGAGUGAAUGUUACACAAUUAUUACCUAACGUCUUUUUCGACCAAACUCCUGAUGUUCAGCUGGGCAGAGUCCAUUUCGACCACUUAAUAAUAGAAGGCAAUUUGGAGAUUGGUUCUGGCAUGAUCAACGAUGUUGAUAUCUUGGCUUUGAAUGCAAGCGCGGUUCGCCUAGACACCAAUCAGCUUGUAGAAGGCAGCAUUGUUUUUACGCAGGGUGUCCAAGCUCAAAGCUCUCUUACAGUUGAAACCAUCAACGGAGUUAAAUUUGAAGAUCUGAUAGUUAAGAGUACCUUGAAUGACAUCGUUAUGAAUGGAGAAAAAGUUUUCCUUGGGGAUGUUACCGCCCACGUGCUUCGAGCAGAGAGUAAGGUUAAUGGUCAUUAUUUGCACAGUGCUCUUACACUUGACACAAAUCAGACGGUCAAUGGAGAUGUGCAGUUAAACGGUAUUGACGUCACUGAUGGCGACUUGAUGGUUGAAACGCUAAACGAUGUUGAAUGGAAAGCUAUCCGUGAAAAUGGAGUACAUCCUGCUCUUUUAAAGAGGCCUGGAUGGAAUAAAAACGUCACUAUUCGGAAUUCGUGCAAAAUCGAUGGAGUGCUUACUUCCGCACAUUUUAAGGUGGACGGUGAAAGCCUCGAAGACCUUUUAAACGACAUCAUUUAUGCCAAUGACGACCACGUCGUGAUUACUGGUAAGAAAACCUUUCCUUCCUUGAAAGUGAAUAGUCUGCAAGUUGACGGCUACAUAAACGGUAUGAAGAUAUUGGACGAGUUGUUGACGUCUAGCACGGACCAAACUAUCACUGGCCAUUACCAGUUUCAACGCUACGUUGACUUCUCUCAGCUGGAUGUUAGAGGCCAUCUUAAUGACUACGAUCUAGACGAGCUGUUAGGAAGUGUAUUGCAAUUCGACGACGAUCUAGAAACUGUAUCAUGUCGUCUGAGAUUUGAUCACGUCAGCGUAAGUGAUAAGAUUAUCAUCAACGGUUCAAUCAAUGGAUUUCCCACAGAGUUAAUGGUGUUGGACGGUAUCGAUCAAACAUUUACUGCUCCACAAAGACUAGUCUCACCAGAGUUCAGUUCGUUAACAAUCCGAGGCAAUCUGAACAUGACAGACAACUUAAACCAUGUUAACGGACUAGACUUAGACCUCUUCGACCGCCGGCGAGUCACGGUCUCAACUGACCAGUGGAUUAAAGGUACCUGGAAACUCAACAAUCUUUCUGCAGAUGCGCUUUCCUUCCGAAUACUGAACGGCCUAACGGUAAAUGAGUGGAAUUCCUCUUUUGUUCACGCCAAUUCAAGAAUUGUUCAAACAAUCGAAGCCAAAGGAUUCGACGUGGAUUUGUUAGAAGUACGAGGCAAUAUGACGACUGCGUUGAAUGAAGUCAAUGGCUACGAUCUUUACAGCUUAAGUCAAGUAGCGGGGGAUAUUCGUGGAAAUUUAGUGUUCAACAACGUUUCAUUUGAUCACCUGGAAACGGAGCAAAUGCGCGUUCGUGGAACCGUGAAUCACUACAACAUUCAACAGCUUAAAGGCGAAGUUGUACGUCACGGUCAAAAGCCGUUUGUAACAGGAACCAAGACCUUUAAAAAACUCGCAGUGAAAGGCGAUGUUGAUACUGAGUUGAUUAAUGGGCGUCGUUUAAUCGACUCCUUCUUGCAUAUCAACGCAGACCAGACGAUUGAAUCACCUAUCCAAUUUACGGACCAAGUGACAGCGGGAGAUCUUAAGUUAGUAGGAGAUUCGGCCACUCUCAACGGCGUGCCGAACAUGUUGCUAUUCUCCUCCCAUACGCUUACUCAUAAUAUCCAUCAUGGAGAUAUCGCCUUUGAGCAGCCUAUCGACGUAAACUCUCUGGAGAUUGCAUCACUUCAGGGCGAAAAUUGGCAACAGUUAGUUUCUUCGCUGGCACGUAUCAAUGAGACAAAUCAAUUCAAUGGAACACUUACAUUUAGCAAUCCCAUUGAGGUUGUUGGUGCGCUAAACGUCGCAGAACUGAAUAAUGUCAACAUAAAGAAAUUUUUAGACGACGUGGUCUUAUUGGAUGUGGAAGCAAAUAUUACUGCCAAAAAGAAUUUCAUUGACUUGAAAACCGCGCGGCUGUCUACGCGCAAUCUCUCGAGUAAUUCAGUUUAUCCAGAUGUAAUGGGAACAGCGAGACAAGCUAUCCGGCUUGACGUCAAUGACACUGUGAAUGGCACCAUUGUAUUUGCCACUGUCACGGUCAGCAAGAACGUGCAAACCUCUAGGCUCAACAACCAACAUUUCCCCUCCGGAUUUGUUUCGCUGGACGGUGAUCAAAAGCUAUCCGAGACUUUGGAGGUAGAUAAAAUUACAAUGUUGGGUGAUAUCUUGCUGGAAGAUGGAGCUCGAGUAAAUGGUUUUGACUUGAAAGUGGAAUGCACCAAUACUUGGAUGGUUGAUGGUGACGAAAUAGUCGAAUCAAACAAAGUCUUCCAAGGCCAGAUUGAAAUGCUCGGAAACCUCAGGGUUGCUCAAAAAGUGAACGGGGUACCUGAUUUCAGUCAGGAAGUAAUCUCUCUUGCAACUGAUGGAAUUAUUCAUGGGGCCCCACACUUUAGCGAUUUCUCGGUGAGUGGUGACAUCGUGAAUAUUAGGCUGACCAACGAUAUCGAUUUAUCCGAUUUGGCUGCACGAACCCUUUACUUGGAUAGUCCUAUUGAAACCGAUGCCGUGUGGUCAAUGAAUAAAACUUUCCUUCUUGGGGAAAGUUUCUUGCUACCAAUAGAAGCCAAGAUUAAUGAGCAGCCUUUGAACGUUGGGCAGUUAACUGGUGAAAUUAGCUUCAACGAACCGAGAAUACUCAAGGCAGAAGAAAGAAACGUUUAUGUAGCAGCCUUACAAUGGCAUGACGCCCUACGGCACGCCUAUUUCAAAAUGGAUCACUUGGAUCUCAAUCAAACCAUUGUCCUGCCUCAUCCAGUAACCGCGCUCUCCGAAAUGUAUCUCAAUGGCACGUCUAUCCUCUUUGUGGGGACCAGCGGGGGAUCGAUGGUCUAUCGGCGCAAGUCGACGGAAUCGAGCUACAAUUUAGUUGGUAUUCCUCCGGAUACUGGCAAUGUGUCAAAAUGGCUUACACUACCACCAGAUUACGCAGCUAGUCUCUCUGCAACAGCAACGAAACUUUGGCAUAUCGCAUCGCCUGAUCCUUUCCAAAUAGACAUGAUGGAAGACUUUGGGCCAAAUGUUACGGAUAUAACAAAUGAAGACAUUCAUGGCCUUCGGUCUAUGCGUGAUAGCGGAAAUGUCAGUACGUCUAGUCCAGCAGUGUUGUCCAUGGCUGGACUGCACGUAUACGAGCGUAUUAAGACAUCGUCAGAACUUUCUGGCUUGAAUGAUCUCUUGAAUUCUGAUGUGAAGAUGCAUCAUUUUCGCUUGGGUUCCAAAUCUAUGAUUGCGCUCAUUAUGAUACUCUCUCCUGAUGCAUCAGCUAGUGUUAUCGGUUGCCCAGGUGUGCGGUUAUUUAGCACGUCCACGGGUUCCAUGAAAUUAGAGCACAUUAUUCCAGCUUGUGACGUUCGGGCGAUCACAACUUUCAGUCAUGGGAAUUUACCGGAUGAUUACCUGCUGUUGGCUGAACACGACUCGGUUACCGUCUACCACUAUGAAGGAGCUAGUGGUUAUGUGGAACGCUUUAGACUGCCAUACCCAACAGCUAAUGCACUUCACUCUUGGUCUAUUAAAAGUGGAAAUGACAGCGAUCUUCUGGUGGCUGUUGCCAAGGGGGAUCGGAUAGCCAUUCACCGAAGUGUUACUGUAGGUGACUAUAUUGUGGAUUAAGUUUGUAAAAGUUAUUGUUAUUGAUGAAUUUGUUGAUUCAUAGUACAGUUUAUCUUAUCCCUAGUUGGGAAAUAAUUGUUUUUAUUUAGUUUAGUUUAGUUUUUCUUUUCUAUUUUGUUGUUUCUUUUUUUUUUUUCACCCUUUAUUUAAUCUUUAGGUUUUUAACUUGCGCAAUUCAUGAUAAUUAUUUUUACCCCGCAGUCAUGUUAUAUGAAGGCCAAAUAGUAUCAUGACUUCGCAAAAGAUUCACCUCAAAUUUAGGUAGCAGCAACGUACUUUGACAGUGGAGUCCAUUGUGUUCGCUUUGCUUAUUGGGCACUCGUUGAGUUUUCCAAAGAAUGACGAAUCUGUAAAGAACAUUAGUGUUUGAUGAUGAAAUCAUUUUUUUUUAGGACAAAGAAUAUUGAGACUAUGUCAAGCAGACGGGGCGUUGGCCGCUUCGCUUUUUUUGGCCAUUGCAUAAAAACUUGCUAUAGCGGUGGUCGAACCUUGACCUAACUGCGUGAUCGUAAUUCCUGCGAUAUCAAAAUAACCCGCAGAUUAUCGGCAAGGACUAAUAUUCCAACUAUUAUUGCUGACUCAGCAUGAUGUUUUAAAGAUGGCGCAAACCCCAUACAAAAGAAAAUAUUGCGCAAACAACAAACAGCCACCGUACAAGGAAUGCAAACUUUCCACUCGUGUACAGCACGUUCGGCACGUUUACACUAUUACGCCAGACUUCCGCGUCUUUCGAAUUUAGAUAAGAAGGUCAGCCAAUCGGAAGUUUAUACGCCCAAAAGUUGGGUGCGGACCACAAAAACGUGCCUGGGAGUGGGAAGGGGCGGCCUAUUCUAGAUAUUAACCUUCCGUCUUACGGCCUUCUCGAUCACGAUAUGAUACUUUUUCUGAACCCAGAUUGAUAUCUUUCUCUGAUUCAUGUUCAAAUCAAGGUUCUCCCGUACAUUGAAUUGAACAUGACUAGUGUUUUCUGUUUAGUUUUUUACGUCUUUCAUAACAAUACGUCGUAGAUGAUUUACACUUGCGGGGUUUGCAGGGCUUACCGCCGCCUUUCUCUUUUCCAAUUAUGCUGCACUAAGGGUUGUUGCUGAAGUGUGACAAUCAACGUCUUUUUUCACGGAAAAACCGAAAAGGGGCAGGAGCUAAACCGAACUGGUUAGUCUGUCUUAAUUCCCCUUUGGCUGUGGACGGGUUCCAAGCGCGUUCUUGAAGGCUGACCAAUUCAAAAAAAGAAUUCUUUGCAACGGGUUUCAAUAGAUCAACUCGCCAUCGGCUAACAGUAGCUACUCGUAUUCCGACCAGUGUUGUGUGACUUCUCUUCCAUAAGAUACGAAAUCGGUGGACAGCAACGCAUAAAAACAGAUUCAAAUUUAUCAUUA